CCUCCCGUUGCCGCGCAUGCGCAGUACCGGGGCGGGAGGGCGCGGCGGAAGACGCGGGCUCCGCCUUGCUCGCCGCCAGCGCGGGCGGUGCUGCGUCCCGGGGUGAGAUCGCUGCGCGCAGUAGGAGCGCGAGGGGAGCCGCCGUCGCCAUUUUGAAGCGGUCGUUGGGGGAGGCGGCGUGUGCUCCCGUGUGUGCCCGGCCCGGCCCCGCGCCCGCUCCCACACCCGCUCUCUGCGCUCCGGCCCUCCACCGCCGCAGCCAUUGCCGACCUUGCCAUGUCCGGAGGGGGCGUGAUCCGCGGCCCAGCCGGCAACAACGACUGCCGCAUCUACGUGGGGAACCUGCCCCCCGACAUUCGCACCAAGGACAUCGAGGACGUCUUCUACAAGUACGGGGCCAUCCGCGACAUCGACCUCAAGAACCGCCGCGGGGGUCCGCCCUUCGCUUUCGUCGAGUUUGAAGACCCCAGGGACGCGGAGGAUGCCGUCUACGGGCGGGACGGAUACGAUUACGAUGGGUAUCGCCUCCGCGUGGAGUUCCCUCGGAGCGGCCGGGGCACCGGCAGAGGCGGCGGCGGCGGAGGAGGCGGAGGAGCCCCCCGGGGCAGGUACGGCCCCCCGUCCCGGCGCUCGGAAUACAGAGUGAUCGUCUCGGGGCUGCCUCCGAGUGGGAGUUGGCAGGAUUUAAAGGAUCACAUGCGUGAGGCAGGUGAUGUAUGUUAUGCUGAUGUUUUCCGAGAUGGCACUGGUGUCGUGGAGUUUGUGAGGAAGGAAGACAUGACCUACGCUGUGCGAAAGCUGGAUAACACUAAGUUUAGAUCUCACGAGGGGGAAACUGCCUACAUCCGAGUUAAAGUUGAUGGCCCAAGAAGCCCAAGCUAUGGAAGAUCUCGGUCACGCAGCCGUAGUCGUAGCAGGAGCCGUAGUCGAAGCAACAGCAGAAGCCGCAGUUAUUCCCCAAGAAGAAGCAGAGGAUCUCCACGCUACUCUCCCCGCCACAGCAGAUCCCGAUCUCGUACAUAAACCACCACUAGCUCUGAUCUUUUUGUAGAAGCCCAUGUUGUACACAGUUUUCCUUUACUUAGUACAGUCUCUUUAUUAUUUUUUUUUAAACCCCAACUGUUUUACUGGGAUUGGCUGAAGUGUUGAAUUGCAUUCUUGUGUAAAACCCCUAGUGAGUAUUUGCUCCUUACCAUCAACCUUCCCCCUCCUGUCUUUGGUAAAUUGUACUCGGUGAUGUCAGUCAGGGUCGUUUCCGCCUCAGUUCCAGUUCGCUGCCGCCAUUUCCUCGCCCCGUGGUAUUGCUGUGUACCUGUCUCAGUGUUGAGCUGUGGUUUAUGCCAGCUGGGGUUGUUGGGAUGUUUGUGGCUAACUUGUCUCUUCUGGGGGAAUCUUAUGUUUUAUCUUGCCUUUUCGUGUGUCUUUCUGUAGACAUAUCUGAAGAGAUGGAUUAAGAAUGCUUUGGAUUAAAGGAUUGUGGAGCACAUGUCAAUCAUUUUAGGAUUGUCAAAAGGAGGAUUGAGGAGGAUCAGAUCAAUAAUGGAGGCAAUGGUUUGGAUUGGAGAGGGCUCACUGGAUCCCAAUCCUUGGAGCUGGAUCAUUGGAUUCAAAUCAUAAUGUGGAUAGGAUAGGGAGGCUGAAUGGCAAGGAUUCAUGGAGCGGGAUCAGAUUACCAGGAACAUAGGAGUGGAUUCCUGCCCCAACCAAACCGCACUCGUGUGGAGUUUUUUACUCAUCUCAAUUGGCUAUUCCAAAGAUUGUGGUUUUUUUCCGUUUCCUAUUUUUGACGAGUGGAGCCCUUAAGAGAUGCACCAUGGAGUUGUUCAUUCUGUGGUAAAAGGAGCAAAGCGAGGACCCGCAGAGGUACGCUGGAGCAAUCUCCUUGGAAGGAUUCAGCACCAGUAGAUGGUAAACCUGAAAGGGGAAAAAGGGGGGGUUGUUUAAAAAAAGUCAUUUCUCUAAAUUUAAAGCCAAACUUUGGAGUUAAAGAUGAUCAUCAGCAGGUUUCCAAUUGGCUCUGGCCUGUUUGGUUUUUUUUUUUUUCUUUGACAAAUAAAAUUUUUAACAAAA